CCGCGCCGCCUGCGCCUCGGCCCGCAGGAUCCGUUGUUCGAGGAUGGGGAUGUGCACAGGCAUCUCUACCUGCAGGGUGUCCUCACCAGCCUCGAGGAGGUGGCCGAGAGACCCAAGGUGACUGAGUUCAGCUGCCACAUCUCUGGGUGCUGCCAGGUCUUUGACACUCUGGAAGGCUAUGAGCACCACUACAAUGCUCUGCACAGGAAUGUCUGCUCUUUCUGCAAGCGUUCCUUUCCCUCAGGGAAUCUCCUGGAUAUCCACAUCUUGGAAUGGCAUGACUCACUCUUCCAGAUUAUGGCUGAGAAGCAAAACAUGUACAAGUGUUUGGUAGAAGGCUGCAUGGAAAAGUUCAAGAGCAGCAAGGACAGAAAGGAUCACUUGGUAACUGUUCACCUGUAUCCUGCUGAUUUUCGGUUUGACAGACCCAAGAAAGUGAAAAGUGGCCCCAAGCACGUGAGCUCUCCCUCAGAGCAGGGCCCUGCUGUGCCCAUGGAUGUGAGCAUGGAGACAGCAGAGCAGCUCCAAGCAGACCCCAUGGAAGUUGGGCAUGGGGAGAACAUGGACAUCACUGAGCCUGCAGCCAGUCCUGGCCCCUGUCUGCCAGAGAAACGACUCUACAAGUCCAGGAUCCCAUCCACAAUUUGCUUUGGACAAGGUGCCACCAGAGGAUUUAAAGGGCCAAGGAAGAAAGUCUGA